CGCGGGUAGACAGACUGCUUUUAUAUUAAAUAAUUAAGGCGUAUUUAUAAAGCCAUGUUUUGAUUUAAAAGUAAGUAUAAGUGAUAUAAUGGGUGCAUUAGAUUGUGUUGCCAGUAACAAAAUUUCAUCUUCAAGUACUGAAGUGUUUACAGCUACGAUGAAUUCACAGACUUCGUUGGAAAAAGAUCAAAAAGAACAGGAUAACCAGUUGAUCGAAAGAAGAUGCGGUAACCGCUCCAUCUGGUGGACACUUGCUGUAGAUAUUCCACUUCUAACACUCGUGUGUCUAAUAGUGGGGCUGUUUGAGCUAGGCGUCAUCCCGCACCAUAAAAACGGCUUUUUCUGCAAUGAUCCAGCUCUUUCGUUCCCGUUUACGGGAGACACUGUCUCCUUUUCAGUCAUCGUUUCUUCUAUUAUCUUUCCUCCUUUUGUUUUGAUAUUCAUCACUGAGUAUGUCUUCCACAAGUCAACAUAUAAUACGCGAACAAAACUUCGUCAUGUUGCAAGAAAUACUUUGUACAUGUACAGAAGUUAUUCAUACGGACUGUUCUUUAAUCUGGGUCUAGUGGAGGUGAUGAAAGGGUUAACUGGCAGCCCUCGACCCUCCUUUUUUGACAUCUGUGAACCGGAUACCGCGAAAACUUGUAAUGGGUCAGAGUACGUUGCAACAUUCCAAUGUACAUCAAAGAAGUAUUCAGCUUGGUAUCAAACGGAUUCCUACCACAGUUUUCCUUCAGGACACACUUCGCUCUCUAUCUAUUGUGGACUCUUUAUGGCGUGGUACUUACAAAAACGCGCAUUUGACUGGCGUCACCGCACUGUUUUCUUCGUGCCCGUACUCCAGAUGACUUGUGUCACAUAUGCCGCCAUUUGCUCACUCACCAGAAUAACGGACCACAGACAUCAUUGGUGGGACGUGCUUACGGGUGCCGUUAUAGGUUUAGCCACAGUGUGUUAUACGGUGACUGUUUUAUGCAGAAACUUCAAAACUUCAAAUUUGGAAGACAAAGCCAUGACCGAAAGUCAGAAUACAGUGCAAACUGCAUUAUUUGUAUAAGACUUUAACACAUUCGUUGCAUUUAGUAAAUUAUAAUUUGUGUAAAUAUAGUUUAAAUAAUAGUUUUCUGGGGUGAUGUAAAAUUGGUUUGUUAAAUUAGACUGAUUGUUUGUAGAAGGAAAUCUGUGUUUGUGUUACUAGAAUGACAUAAAGGAAUGAAUGCUUUGGGAAAUCGCGAAACCGGAUAUAUUGUAACAUAGUAUCCAUAGACUAAUGACAAGCGAGACGGUUGUCAAUGUCAUGUACAUAUUUCAAUAAUUAUACAAUUUAAAUUUAGACUUAUAAAAUUAACUAAAGCUCACUUAUCAUGACAGUGUCAUAUUUUGUGUGUGAUAUUUUGACAGUAAAUUUUAUUUUUUAUAUGUUAGUUUUUGUUGCUUAAUAAGGGUACACCUUAGUAUUUUUUUUUAGUUUCUGUCCUUUAACUAGCGCUGUCUGGAAAAUAUCGCUUGUUAAAAAGACCGCCCAUUUCAUCCUUAAUAAUAUUUUACUUUGUUUGUAUUUUUUUUAAUGUAACGAAAUUGAAAUGAAUAAAAAUAACAGUGAUUGUAUAACAAAUAAACUCCCAUCUAGUGGGUGACAAAACAAGUAGUCCAUAGUAUUUAUAAACGAUGAUGAAUUGGUAUUUCAGCUAUUAAUAUGAAUUAUUUCGUUAGAUAUAAGAUAACUGUAAAUAAAAAUGUGAUAUUAUCAUAAAAUUAGUCAAAUAAUUUUGUUAAAAAAUAUAAAAAUUAUACCUUUUUCA